AUGACAAUCCUUGCUUUCAAAUCCUCUUGAACAGCUCUGAUAAUCUGAACCCUGUUCAGUAUCAUCAGUCCCGCGACUGGGGAAUCCUGCUACAGUGUCAACUGUGAAACCCAACCGAAUAAAUGUGCGACUAAGAGUAACACAGACUACACAAUCUUGAUAUCAGACCAGUGAGAUGCUGAUGUGCAAAGAUGCGAAAUUAAUGAUAAUUACUCAGGUGUUUGCAGAAGACUUAACUAUUAUAACGCACUCAGUGUUAAAUUCCCAGGAGAAAAGUGCUCCUACCCCAGUUGGACAGAAGAAUGCAGAUAUGGCACUCAGAAGUGAGAAGAUGGAGUUUGUGAGUCAGUAGGCCACAACGGAAAAUGUUCUGAGUCAAGAGAUUGCCCCUCACACCAAUAUUGUGCAGGAAGUUCAGGGACUUCCUUUGAUGGCACAUGCACUAAAUUUAAAGAAAUUGGCCAAGAAUGCACUCAUCGCCAUGAAUGUGGUAGGACAGCAACUUGUUGGUACAGAAAUACCUAUUCUGGAGUGAACGGAAGAUGUAAAGAUUAUUUCCAGAUCUCUAGUGGAGACUCCACAAAUAAAGUCUGGAAUGAAUUUGGAACCUAUACUCAGAACGAGGAUGAUAGCCAUUUACUCUGUCAAAGCCAGUAUUAUAAUACAGAUACAGGAAUUUGUGAAGACGGUAAUCUAUCUUUGGAAAAAGGCAAAGAAUGUACAGCUGAUACUGAUUGCCCUUCUGAUAAAACUGGAGUAUUUGCUAAGUGAUCAUGAGGAUGGAGCAGCACUGGUAAGAAGUACUGAGACGUCCUAGCUGGUGAUGAGGAAUGGGAAGACGCAAGAACAGCCUUCAAAACCUAUUUUGAUGCAACCAAAGAUGACUGUAAUGUAGCAUCAAGAUGGGGCGAAUGUAAUGUUCCAAAGUUAUAUAAAGAUUGGAGGUGUAAGAAAUUAAAGGCAGAGAAUUAUGCUUACCUGCUCUAUAAUAAAACAGAGCUAACAUGAAUGGAAACUCUAAAAAAGAGUUUGCCGAUAUUUAAAGAUAUCGAGGAAUUUUGUGACGAUGCUUUUACUUUCUCAAAGCUCUCAGUCGUAGCAAUAAUCUGAGUCAUGCUGACUCUUGAAGUUUUUCAAUAAUCUAGCUAAUCAA